AGUCAGCGGUGCAGUUUAGCAGACAAGCUCGAGCAUGCUGAAGGAUAGCUGCAUGCUGCGCUUGCUGAGCUGUGGGCGCUGUGUCGCAACCUUAAAAUCCUCCGGUUUGUGACUGACUAAUGUGUUUUUAACACCCCUCUCUCUCCUCCUCACUCCGCCCAUGCUAACAUUGAAGGAAGUCACAAGAGCCACCACAUAAAAAGGAAGCAAAGAGGCACUCGGAGAGAAAGUGUGUCUGAGUGCUGACAGACAGCAACACGUAAAGAUGGCUGAGAGUAAACAUAGUGGCAACAUUGGGGGCAACAUAGGCGCUGGAGCCGGCAUCCUGGCUAAACGCUUUCAGAAAUCCAUGAACAGAGCUCAAGAAAAGGUCCUGCAGAAACUUGGAAAAACCAUGGAGACGAGAGAUGAGCAGUUUGAGCAGUGCUCGGCCAAUCUAAACAAACAACAGAUGGAUGGUACCAGGUUGUUCAAGGAUGUGAAGUCCUACUACAAUGCAGUCAAAGUGAUGCAUGAGACGUCCAAACGUCUGUCUCAGACUCUGAAAGAAAUCUAUGAGUCAGACUGGCAGGGUUUAGAGGACCUGUCUGUCAUUAUGGAGAGUGAGGACCUGCUCUGGAAUGAUUAUGAGGAGAAGUUGAGUGAUCAGGUUAUUCGCACAAUGGAGAACUACACUAGCCAGUUCCCAGAUGUCAAAGAACGUGUAUCUAAGCGUGGACGCAAGCUGGUGGAUUACGAUUCUGCUCGCCACCAUCUGGAGGCACUGCAGAAUGCCAAAAAGAAAGACGAAGCCAAAAUAGCCAAAGCAGAGGAGGAGUUUAACAAAGCGCAGAGUGUGUUUGAGGAUAUCAACAAAGAACUGCGAGAGGAACUGCCUGUCCUUUAUCAAAGUCGCAUUGGCUGCUAUGUGACAAUGUUUCAGAACAUCUCCAACCUAAGGGAUGUCUUUUACAAGGAAAUGAGUGUGUUAAAUCAUGACAUCUAUAAUGUAAUGAAGAAGCUUGAGACGCAGCACUCCACCAAAACCUUUAUCAUCAAAGGCCUCAACAGCACUAAGUCAAAGAAGAGGAAAUCUCUUACUAUCUCUGCACCCAUCCCCUGUAACACUGCCUUCCCAGCCGAUCAUCCGGGUCUGAGCAAGCUCAGUGUGCCUGACGAACUUGUGGCCAAAGACACAGACUCAAACUCUACUCCAGUAAAGGCUGCAACCACAACAGCAGAAACAUCAGACUCUGAUGACUUCAGCUCUGUUGAUAGUGUGCCAAAUACACCCAACAGGCAGUCUGUGUGCUCAGAGGGGGAGGGGGUCAAGUCCGGGACAGCCAAUGAGAGCACAACUGAAAUUGCUGCUGACCAGUUGGUACAAUCGUUCGAUAAAGAGCAGCCAGGAAGUUCAGCUGCUAGUGAACAGGAUGAAGAAGAACAAAGUGAGGAUGCUCUAUCAUCUGCACCUACAUCUGAGGAUAGAAAUGCACCAGAAGCCACACUGUCUGAAGGUGCAGGUGAGGAGCCUGAGCCUUCACAGUAUGAGAAUGAGAAAGCCGCUCCAGUGCCUGCUGCCCGAUCACUCGCCCCAGUAAAGGUAGAGGAAGCAGCAGAUGGCGAGAAAGCAGAAAGUGGAAAAGAGGAGGACCAAACUAAAGAGUUAAAGAGAGAAAAAGAGGCGGUAACAAGCCAAAAAGCCAACAGCUCAAACCCUCCUGGCUUCCUCUACAAGGCUAUUGCUUUGGAGACCCAGGAAUCAGAUGAAGGUGUUCUUCUGUUGUUCACAAAAGGAGAUAUACUCCUCAUAUAUGUUGAAGAAGAGGAAAAACCAGAGGGCAGCGUGUGGGGGGUGAGAGAGCAGGACUGGAUCCAGUAUAAAGACUUGACGCUCCUCUCUGGCAUCGUUAUGGAGACAAUGAUCCAAAGAAUCAACUCUGACUAGAAAGGACUGCAACUUUUAGUGGCUCCGCUCAUAAUUCGGCAGCAGAGCAGGGCUGUGUACCAGCCCUGUGACCAGUGAACGCUGUAGUCUAGAAUCUGCCUUUUGGGAUUCUACGUGGACCUACUUGUUAACUCCAGGGUUUUCCUGGAGUUGCUAAGUCACUGGGAUCUUUGUGUUUUUUACACUAAAACAGUAACUUAAUCUGUUUAAAAGUCUUCCCAGUAUUCGCAGAGAACAGUUGAUGCUGACAGCUAUCCUGAUUUUCCCUAAAUUCAUGUUUCUAAGUCAAUUUCUAUGUUUGAAGUAUAACAUCCUUUCUGAAAUAUUUGAAGUAAUUAAAUAAUAAUUUACUGAACCAGUUGCAGAUAUCUUUGUCCCUCUCUUGUUUUUCCUCUUCAGUUACAGUAUUCAGUUACUUGCCUCAUUCAGUUGAAAUGUGCCAAGCAGUGCUCUCAUCAACAUGCUGAAAAUGUUUAUCCAUUAUAGAUAAUUAUGAAUGAUGACUGUGAACUCUCCUAUGGUUUUUAUAUGUUUUAUAUAUGUUUUUUAAAAAAGGUAUUGUUUGGUGUUCAAUAAAGAUCAAAAGAAACCUG